AUGGCUCUCGAUCAAUCAACCAGUCUCUCGGUCGCAGAGUUAGCAAUCUAUCUCAUUCUUAUACCAGCCACCGCCUGGUUUGCAUACAAACACGGACGACGCGUCCUUUUAGGCUACAUCUACCUCAUCAUCUUCGAAACGCUACGCGUCGUGGCCGGAGGCAUUCAAAUCCAUGCUCACAAUACGGGAAAACCAUCUACAACAGGUGCCAUCAUCGACUCACAACACUUAUCCACGUCAGUGCUGUCACAGGCGUCGCCCCUCGCUGCGACUGGCGGAUCGAAACUUGCGGAUCAAAAUGCCACUCAAUCAGAUGUUGAUACGGCCCACACUCUUCAAGAAGUUGGUUCUGUUAUUCUUCUCGUCACAUGGACUGCCCUCGUUGUGCUCUGUGUCCAGCUCAAUCUGAAGCUUAGCAGCCGUCGAAACUUGAGGAUCCUCAUGGCAAUCGCUUGCGUUUUCGUUGGUAUUCGUGCCAUCUAUAGCGUCGUAUACGCAUUCGACCGUUCACCAUCGCUCAAUCCAAUCACCGGCGACUUUACCGUCAAAGUCAUUUUGGUCAUUUUGGUUCAACUGAUGGCGGCGCUCGUGCUGCUCAUCGUUGGCUUUUUGACCCGCAACAUCGUCCAUGAACACGGGUUGAAGAAAUGGGGACCGGAGAGACAUGAGAGAAACGUGGAAAGUCGGGGCACAUCUAUUCCACUUACGCCUCCCAAAUGA